GGAGAAACAGGAAACUGAUGAAAGGAAGCGAUGUACGUCACGCAGGCUCACUGCUGCUGGUAAAAGUGAUCCAGUUUCUAUGUGCAAAUGGAGUUCUUCCUCAAUUCACCGAUGAAACUCGUACUUUUGGCAGUGUGGCUGUCGACUGUGCUGGAUCCAUGCAAAUUUUCUGACAUUUGCAAGUCCUGUCACCGGCACGCAAGCUGUCGGUCACUAAAUGACUCCAAAAAUCAUGGAUGUUUCUGCAAUCAAGGAUAUUCUGGAGAUGGAAUCAAGGACUGCAAUGACGACAACGAGUGUGUAAAUGUCACGAACAUCUGCGGAGAGAACGCCGUAUGCAACAACACAGAUGGAGCCUAUUACUGCACCUGCAAUGCUGGAUACGAAUCAACUGGAAGAAAGCAGUUUCAAACUAAUGAUGGAACCCACUGCACUGACACUGAUGAGUGUGAGAACGAUGGGAUAUGCGGGCGCCACUCUAAAUGCCACAAUACGAUUGGCUCUUUCUACUGCUCAUGCCAAAGAGACUAUACAGUAUCUUCAGGAACAAACAGGUUUCAGGAUCGGAGUAAAGUAGAAUGCAAAGAGGACCCCAAAAAGGACUGUCAUCAGGACAGUAAAUGUAUUUCAGAUACUGUUAACGCCACGGUGAAAGAUAUCAUUAACCUGCCAGACCCACAGCAGCAAAUGGAGGAGAUAAGAAAGCAAACAUCAGGUGACCUCGCCCCAGUCGCUGUCAUCUCUUACAUCGAAGCCAUGGCCAUCUCCACCUUACAUUUUGUAAACGAGUCUCAGAAAGAGAGUGCCAUCAACAAAACUAUCUGGAAUUUGGUGGAGAGUGUGAAUAAUCUGGUUGAGAAGGAGGAGAAGGUGGCGUGGGACAGAAUGAGUGAGGAUGUGAAGGACUACUGCAUCACUAAGCUACUGCACACAGCGGAGCAGGGCGCACUGGCUCUGUCUAAGGUCUACAGAAAGUCAGCUGAGAUAGAGGUCAACACAGGGGAUGUAGAACUAAAACUCUACAAAUUUGACCCCCAACAACAACAGAAGCGGAGCAUCUCAGCUUCCAUCGGUGGAGAUUCCAUUUCACUGAGGCCCAAAUACAGCAAGGAGGAAAGCAAAAAUGGGAGCGUCUCGGUGAUAUUCCUCCGCUACGACAGCAUUGGGCCUCUGUUGAAGCCCACAUCUGACCCUGGUGUGGCAGACUACAGUCGCUAUGCAGAUGCUGGGGAGAUCACAGUAAAUUCUCCUGUAAUAGCUGCUGCUAUAUCUCCACCAAGUGUUUUCCCCCUGGACCGUGUGAACUUCACUCUGAAACACAAUGAGCCCAUAGAUCUGGAAAAAGAUGAGACCAAAUGUGCAUUCUGGGACUAUUCACCUGCCAACAUGAAGGGUCACUGGUCUCUAGAGGGAUGUGAGCGUGCUUUCGUCAACAAGAGCCACACCACCUGCUCCUGCAAUCAUCUGACACACUUCGCCAUACUCAUGUCCUCUGGCCGGGCCAAUCUUGCUGCUCACUAUAAUGUACUGACCCGCAUCACCCAGCUGGGCAUGGUGAUCUCCAUCAUCUGCCUCUUCAUGUGCAUCUUUACCUUCUGGUUCUUCAGCGAGAUCCAGAGCACCAGAACCACCAUCCACAAGAACCUGUGCUGCAGCCUUUUCAUGGCCGAAUUCAUCUUUCUGGUCGGGAUAAAUAUGUACACACAUAAGUUGUUUUGCUCAGUUGUUGCUGGGUUGCUGCACUAUUUCUUCCUGGCUGCUUUCGCAUGGAUGUGCAUCGAGGGCAUACACCUGUACCUGAUUGUUGUUGGAGUCAUUUACAACAAAGGCUUCCUUCAUCGCAACUUUUACAUAUUUGGCUAUGGAAGUCCAGCAGUGGUCGUUGCAAUCUCCGCAACUCUUGGCUACAAAUAUUAUGGUACAAGCACUGUGUGUUGGCUAAGCACAGAAAAAAAUUUCAUCUGGAGUUUUAUUGGGCCUGCGUGUUUGAUCAUUCUGGUUAAUCUGUUGGCCUUUGCGGUUAUCAUCUACAAAGUCUACCGUCACACGGCAGUAAAGAAGCCAGAGAUCAGUCACUAUGAAAAUAUCAGGUCUUGUGCCCGAGGAGCUCUGGCCCUCUUGUUCGUUCUUGGAGCCACGUGGACUUUGGGUGUGGUGCACAUCCUCAAUGAGACGACCCUCACAGCUUAUCUCUUUACGUUUGCGAACGCCUUUCAGGGCAUGUUUAUCUUCAUCUUCCUCUGUGUUUUGUCCAGAAAGGUUCAAGAAGAGUACUACAGAUUGUUCAAGAAUGUUCCGUGCUGUUUUGAAUGCCUGAGAUGAAGAAGACAUGCCUGGAUAGUCGCCAACACAGCAGUAUACUGAAAAUGUUUAUGCAGAUCUGAACGCUACCCACUGUAAAUAGAGCAUGCAUUUGAAGUUGCCACCAAAAAUGUCUUCUGGGGAAGAAAUGUGUUACUGAAAAGUGAUUUGUGUAGCAAAUGGUAGCUCCAAAAUAUUUAUUUCACGAGGCAAAGUAACCCGUCUACUUGUACUGAAUUACAAUUACCUUUUCAGGAACAUGCUCAUGUAUGAGUGAGUUCAAAUAUGCAAGUAGUGCAAUUGGCUGCCUGAUAUAGUCACGUUUUCUCUUUUAUUGAUAGAUCUGGGUUCAACACAUUAUAACCUAAAUUAUGGGUAAAAUAUCAGUUCCAAGGUCAAAACUGCAUUAGACCCAGAAUGAAAAACUACAACAUUGAUUCUGAGCCUACCUACAUCAUAUUUCAUGAUUACAUCAUGUUCCAACCUAUGUGCAAAGUUACUUUAUCGAUGAUAUGACUUUACUUGAGUAUAAUUUCUAUGAAUUCUUUGAUAUCAGUUAAAUGACCCAAAUGAUCAUAGUAUAACUGUUCUUAUUCAUUCUGAAUGUAGCCACUAUGCACAUUAUGAUGAAACAUUUUUGAGUAAAAUGUACAUUUUGUAUUUGUACUCAAGCAAUAGUAAAAGUACUGUAUUUAAACCAUGCAAAGCAUAUCUGCAGUAACCAAAGUUACAUGUAAUCACUUGUCUUCUGUGUGUGCCGUAUAACUGACUGUCGAUGUUUGAAUAUUCUGUACUGCAGACAGCUUCCAGAACUUAACUCGGUAAUGUAAUUUGGUGUCACCAAUGUCUGAUGGCUUUAUGCUGGCUUAUGAAGCAUUAAAAAUCCAUUUUUCUUAGUCAAA